UCAGCCGGUCGAUUAUUUACGCAUACAAAUUGAAACAAAAGUAAAUAUUAUUACCAAAUCAUAAUGAGUGAUUUAUUGGACGACGACCUAGAGUUCCGGAUCGGUACAUUGCAGCUCUCUACGGACCAUGCUGCUACGAACACCGAGAACCAACGAGAGAAAACAUCUGGUAAUGCUAGAAAUACGCCAGUUAAUGUUCCUCCUUCGGUGCUCUCUGGGGCUGACUCGUUGACAUCAUCUUCGUCUUCCUUCACUGAUGCAAGAGAAGGACAGACAAAUGCCCAGCAGGGAACAGAAGAGGCAGUGCAGACAGUUUACCCUAGAUAUGAUGUGCCGUUCAACAGAGAGAACAUCAAGGACUUCUUUACAUUCCGCAGAGGUGUGGUAGAGAACGCCAUACAGGAGUGCAUUACAGCACUACUGUUUCCGGAAGAUGGAGAGUAUUUGGGCUCCUGGUUAUUGACUGAAAUCACAUUGUGGGAUAACGAAAAGGAGAGGAUCGUACUCUUAACGUCACGGCUGGUGAUGACCAUAAAGUAUGAUUUCAUAGCAAUGAAACAGUUGGAUUUCAAAAAGACUUACCUGGAUGACCUGGACACCAUAGUUAUAGGGGAAUUGGUGUAUCCCCCAUCUUCAUUAGUGCCACGCCUUAACGGCAUCGCGUCUGGUGUGACGACGGUGGUCAAAGACUGCGUCAUAGACCGCCUGUGCAGACGGCCGAGCGAGGCCGAAGAAGCGAAAUUGUUCGAUCCCAAGUAUUUUGAACCUAGGGAACGCAACCUGCGCGGUGUUCGCCUGAUGUGGAACAAGGGGGAAGCGCUACCGCUGAAGACAGUUUGGAAUCCGUUCAGCCAGGAUGUGCCCUUUAUAACCUUCGCUUCGCAUCCAAUUUAUUGGCAUAAAGAUGGCGGCGUAGACGAACGAUCUACCUACGAUAUGGAGUUAUUUGCUGAGAAACUGCAAAGGGCUGUCGAAACGGCGCCUUCCGCGUGUUGCAUACACCAUUCCCCCAUAGUCAUACAGAGUUACGUCGGUCUCACUUCACUGCUCCAUAACAAGACUAGUAUGGGAUUCUUCAAGGUCAGAGGGAAAUUUAGUUUUUAGACUGUAAACCGUGAUAUUGAUCGAUACAUAAUUUAUGUAUACCAGAGUAUCCCACUUCUGAUGUGGGAGAUUGAUUAUUCUCUCUACUUGUAAUUAUGGUUAUUAUGUAAUUUCAUUAAAAAUAUAUGCCAAUUUCAGCUGAAAAUAAGGCAAUAUUUUAUAUGCCUCUUGCUUGGACAUACAGUUUAGGGUUUAUAUUCCCUACGUUUAAAUUGUUAUCACGCUAAAUGACCCAUAACACUCUCUAGACACCAUUUUGGAAUAUAGAUUCCAAGCGAGAGGUAAAUAGUGUUUGCAUUAUUUAAAGGUUAUAAAUAUAGAUUCUUAGUAAGAAAUUUACGGUGCGGUAUUUUUCUUUAGUUAUUUAAUCUUUGUGUGGCCUGUGAUAGUUAUGUGUUGUGAAAACGGCUUAAAUAAUGUUUGCUAAUUGUUGCAUACAAAAUGAACUCAGAUGUACUCGUUCAUUAUAUAUUUUUUUCUCCUUCAGCAUUAAGUUCACCAUAGGCUUAUGAAAAGUAGCUUAACUUACUCCGCGAAAAGCAGGA